AUGUUCGAGAAGUCUUCGAUUUCGGUGACUGGUGGGAUAUCCCUACAAUCCUAUACCUCUGUCUGGAAAUUCGCUAACAUUGAUUUAUUUUUUUCCUUCUAGUCCGGGUGCGUCCCUUCAGCAUUCGAGAAGCUGCUCAAGUGUUUGUUUACCCCAUCCCGGUAGUUGGGUGGGGGGUUCCUCGGCUGACGAAAUAUUUCAGGACACGAAUUGAAGAUUCACCAUCAUUUUUUGGCGACGGUUCUCUCAUUGCAGCGCCUCCUCCAAAGCUUGCGGGGAAAGGUAUUCGAAGCGUAGUCAAAGUUAUAGAUGAUCGUGUACUGUGCGUUGGCCCCCUUACCCUCAUUUUUUGCACCAAUCGGGGGUGAAUCUGAUUUAGUUGUUAGGGUAUUCGAUCCCCCGGAAGGAAAUCCUGUAGCGCGGUAUCAGAGGACGAUUGUUCCACAGGGGAAGAGAGUCAAGGAUAUGCGAUUUGGCUUCGAUAAGGUUUUCGAUGAGAGUGCUACUCAAGAGGAUGUUUACGAAGCUACAACCAAAUCGCUGCUGGACAGUGUAUUGGACGGAUAUAAUGCUACGGUGUUUGCUUAUGGAGCUACUGGCUGCGGAAAGACACAUACCAUCAGGUUUGAAGGCCCCCACCCCCAGCCUUCCCUUGGUUCUAACUUGAUUGUUCUUUAAAGUGGAACUCCACAGCACCCCGGGAUAAUUUUCCUUACUUGCGCAGAGCUAUUCGAGAGGAUCGGGUUACUAGCAGGCGAAAAGGAUGUCGAACUGACGCUUUCGUAUCUUGAAAUCUACAACGAGACAAUUCGGGAUCUUUUGGUCCCAGGCGGGAGCAAGAUAGGAUUGCAGCUUCGGGAGGACUCGAGCCAGAAUAUCUCCGUUGCCGGACUAUCAACGCACCAGCCAAAGAACGUCCAGCAAGUAAUGAAUAUGAUCUUGAUGGGUAACCAAAAUCGUACAAUGUCGCCGACAGAAGCAAACGCUACCUCGUCUCGGUCCCACGCCGUUUUACAGAUCAAUGUUCUGCAGAAGCCGAAGACUGCUGGGCUUUCAGAGAACCAUUUGAUGGCGACGUUGUCGAUUAUUGAUCUUGCCGGGAGUGAGCGUGCAUCAGUCACCAAAAAUCGGGGAGACCGGUUACUUGAAGGCGCCAAUAUCAAUCGGUCCCUACUUGGUAAGCACAUGCAACUUGGCCUUUGCUUAUGCUAGUUCUAAUUUUGAAAAUAGCUCUGGGAAACUGCAUCAACGCUCUCUGCGAUCCUCACAAAUCCAAUCAUAUCCCUUACCGAGACUCCAAACUCACUCGAUUGCUUAAGUUCUCGUUGGGAGGAAAUUGCAAAACGGUCAUGAUUGUUUGCGUUAGUCCCUCUAGUCAGCACUAUGAGGAGACCCACAACACCCUUAAAUACGCAGAUCGAGCAAAGAAUAUCAAGACCAAGAUUUCCAGAAAUACGAUGAACGUCAACAGACAUGUCAGCCAAUAUGUGCAAGCGAUCUACGAACUCCGAAACGAGGUGGAGGAGCUCAAGAAGCGAUUGGGUGAUUCUACCAAGGAGGCGAUGGGGAAGAUUGCCCGGCAAGGUUCUGCUAAAGAGAACUCAAUCAAGGAUGGAAUGAAGAGGCUGAGGGCGGCUUUCGAACAGUCCAAGGAAAUGAGACGUGAAAGAGUUAACGAUCUCAAGAACCUCAGGAUGGUGGAGAGACGGACAUCGGUGGUGGCUGCCUGGAUAGCUGCCUUUGAUCAGGCCUUUGACAGUUAUCAGACUGAGGAUCCCCCGGCUUGCGUGUUGAAGAUGCGUGCUGAGGCACAAAGGGUCAUCCUUGAUCUGCGUGGGAACCACCAGUAUCUUCAGCAAAAACUUGCUGGACCUAACUGGGAGAAGGUCAUCGAUUCUGCCCUACAAACUGGUCUGCGGAAUCUGCAAGCCUUUGAUGGAGUUACGGAAAUCGAUAUCGCUACAUUGACCUGCGAGGCCAAUCUUCUAAGGAUGACUGCUGAAAGAGAUAUCCUGCACGCGAUUGCCGAAGCUGAUGUGGACCUUUCAUCCAUGAUCCAUACCCUUUCGAAGGCCCACUUCGAGACUGUUGGCACGGUAACUCGUAUUCUGGAGUCAAACGUAACAGAGGAGGAAGCACUGGAGAUGGCUAAGAAAUCCUUAUUCGAGGUUCAACGGGGUGCGUCUGAUGCCGCUUCUUAUGUUAUCAGGCCGAAUGGAGAACUGGUUUCGGGCGAGUCUUACGAUGCAUACAAGCCUGCUUCGCCGCGGAAGAAGAAAUUCCCCCGAGUAAGCCUGAGUAUGGCUUCCCCGGCAAAGCCAUCCCAACUCCCCCAACUCGGAAUUAUUCAUUCUGCCUCGCCUGUGCGAUAUUCACCCCGGCCAGUCAAGGUCAAGACCCCGAAAAAGGCCGUCAAGUUUGGUAAGAAGAAGCGUGUGAGAUGGCAGGAUGAGACUGAGGAUUCGUCGUUCACUUUAGAAGAACCGAGAGGAAAGAGAUUGGAGGAGCCUUCAAUUCUCUACGAGGACUCGUCAUCCAUACUAGUAGCACCCCUGGAGAGUGAACCAUCAUUCUCAGCAGCAGGUUUCUCCACAGAGGAAGCGCCUGGGAUCAUGCAACCACCCAUCAGACCAAGGAACAACCGUUUAGCAGUAGGUUUCUUGUCGAAAAACAGGGAAUCCAUGGCGGCGGUUCCGCCUGCGGAGAUCCCACUACCCUCAGACUCCCCAUUAAGGUCGUUCGAUACCGACCAGGCUAUCAACAAAGUAAAGACGGACGCUGAUGUUUUAAGUGAUCUCAGUUCAUCAGACGAGGCAAAGCCCUGGAGAUCCCGCGCUCGUCCAUCCAAAAGCGCCAUGCGGAAAUCAAUCGCGUCGUCCACCGUCAGUAGGCCGGUAGGCAAACGGCGGAGCCCAUCUAGCUCGAGCCAACUGAGCCCCGAUAACGGGCUGUUCAAGAUCGGACACGCGCGCAGAAUGCUGCGAGGUGACAAGGAGAAUGGAAGUAUGACAACGGUGCUGAGUCCUAAGAGCAACGGCAUCAAGAUUGGAGCAAGGAGGAUGACUAUCAAUGGGCCAAGCAACGGGAGCUUUCGAAUCAGCGGUAAGAACGCGAUGCUAUUGGGUCAGAUCAGCGAAGGAAAUGAGAGGGAGAGUAUGGCAUUUCCUGGAAAGCAGAAUUGGCGCUAGACGUUUGGUUUUUUCUUUAACACGCGAGAGUUUCUAUUCUCUGAUGUUUGGCGUAAUUUGGAUGGAUUGCUUGUUUUAUUUUCAUUCUUUUCUCUUUCUUCUGCGGUAGUGGGGGAAAGUUCAUUGAAGUGGAGGUCGUAAUAUCAUCAUUAGAUGAAAGAGAUUGGUGGUGCUUAUGCGGCGCACAUUUGAGGAAUGAGUGUAGAGAUGGGAGACCGACAAUUCCAUGCGGGCUCUUAUCGUAUGAAUGCUUCUCCUAGGAUGUUUUUUUCUCUUCCCUUUUUUCCCUUUCAUUAUCAGUGUGGAUUAUUCGUUUUUUCUUUCUUUGUCUGCCUUACUCCAUUCCACAUUAUAGCGGCCACUCGCUUUGUUUUCCUUGUUUUUGUUUUUUCAAGUGGGCUUUGUCGACACCAUUCAUACCGGCACAGUACAGUACCUGCCGGGAAAGUUAUGUUCAUGUUUACCUUAGAUUCCGGGGGGGGGGUUGACGCGGAGUUAAUGUUUUAAGAAGCCGAGAGAAGGUAUUUUCUCUUCGAUGGGGGAGGGGGGGGCUUUUGGAAGCUUAAUUCGAUUAUAAACUUGAUUUGAACUGU